CCGAAGAAAACCUAUUUGUAUUCAGUCAACGCGACAUGCGUGGUUGAUAAACGUGUGUUAAGUGAAACAAUUUUCUGCUGUUAUGGAUUUUUAAUAAUAAAAUUAUCAAUGAAAAUGUGAAUAAACUGCAUUGUGAAUGUUAUUGACGUGUCCUCUUCCUUUUUAUUUGGAUUAAACAGGUCAACAGGAAUUUCGAUGCCGCGCACACCGAGGGUUCCGUAAAAUUCCCACGUAUAAUGAAUCUCAAAUAUGUCUAAGCGUUCCUGGGAAAAAGGUUCUUGACAGAUGGACAACGAAGGGAUCCGAUUUUUUAGUUUAUGCCAUAAAAUGGACUAAAUAAAUAGCAAACAUGACUAUUUUACUUUACGACCACUGCGAGCUGGAGGAACGAUCGUCGAAGACUUUAAAAGUUUGGAAAGCAUGGCAUCUCAUAUUGUACAUUUGCGCUGCUGUAUCCGGCAUCGCCAACUACACUUUACUCCACAAAUCUCAAGAGUUAGUCAACUACAACUGCAUAUUCUUCCCUCGGACGUUGGAAUUUCACUUGGUAGAACAUGUCGAUUACGUACAAGUUAUUGAUCCUAAUGACGCAGACAAUACUGCUCAAAUAAAUUCAACUGUUGCCGCCCCAUACAAUUUUGAUGCUCAAAAAACCAAAAGAGAAACUGCUUCAAAUGAAACUAGCAAAGAAUCAGAAACUUCCGAAGAAAUAUAUAACAGGACCAUUAUGACUGGACAUGUAGAACGAGAUCCUGGAGAUCCUUCCUCCGUUUACUAUACGCUGAUGUAUACAAGAAAACAAAUUCGGACGAUCACAAAAAGAAAUGUGACGCACCGAGUGGCCCUGUACGCGUCGCGGACGCUGUUUGGAGAGGAUGGUCGGUGUCAGUUCGCGGAGUACAUGCCGCUCAUGUCUACUGUCCUGGCGGCAGUGUGGCUUACCUUCUUCACCAUGUGUCCCAGCGGGGGCCGAGUUAGGACUGGACUGCCCCAGCCGUGGCGGAUCCUGGCGCCAGCGCUGGUCUGCGCACUCGUGAUGGUAGGCCUCACGGGGCACAGCUUCACUACCACCAACGCAGGCAUCCACGCCUUCUGUGCGGCCUUCGAAGAAUAUACCAAUUCGACUAAUUGUUCCCCUGUGAACGACUUCCUCGAGCCUGGUUGGAAUACCACGUGGGGCUUCGGCCCGCGAGUGGAGGCCACGCGCGCCGCCAGCGCUGCCGUGUGGGUCAGCUGGGCAUGCGCGGCCGCCAUCUUCCUCGCUAGAUGCCUCACCGCGCCGGACUUCCAGGUCAAGAGGACCAAGAUCGUCGUCACCAGUGACCCUGAUCAGAAAAUAACUCCAUUCCUCAAGAAACAAUCAACACGCAGUUCACGCCGCUCGGAGCGAAGCUCGCCGAGCAAGCGCGACAACGUGUCGACGCGCUCGGAGCCCACCGCCACCUCCGAGCUUGCCACGGUCUCUGUCGAGCCGGGCCUGGACUCCGCCCCCAGUUCGCUGUUGGCCACCCCGAGAAAAAACAAUGGAGAAAUGAUCGAAAUGACCUACACCUACUAAGAAAGAUUACAUCACUAAAUAAAAUCUAAUUUAUUGACACAAUUUAUCGAUAACUUUUUGAAAUGCUUAUUUAUAUAAAUCUUAUAUCUCCAGCUCAAACACUAACAUGCUCAAGAUAAAGGAGAUAUAAUUGUAUUCAGAGUCAAAUCGCUGGAAAAAAUUUCACAUGCUCAAUGUGCUGUACAAAUGGUUCGCAUUUUAUAUCAUGUAAUUGAUGGUGCAUAAAGCAAUAACUUCAUCUUUUUGUUAGGUACAAUUUAUAUCUAUAACUAGGCACAAUUAAGUACCAAACUAUAGGAACGCUAAGUAUAAAACUUAUAUGUACCUAAUAUUAUUCUACUUACAAAAAAGUUAAAGAAAACACUGAAAAAUUUGUUUUAUUCUUAUCUAUUUCAUCCAUGGAAUUAGUAAGUGCUCCACAAUUCCAUGAUUUCAGCACAUUAUAUCUAAAUGAAACGGAAAUGGAUGGGCCAUGAAGUUGAAGAAUGUUCUAUCUCAUUUAGG